GGUGAACUGGUGGCUUGUGGUGUUCUCUCUGGCAAUCGUAACUUUGAGGGACGUAUCAAUCCUCAUACAGCUGCUAACUACCUUGCCUCCCCUCUCCUGUGUAUUGCAUAUGCCAUUGCAGGGACGGUACUCAUUGAUUUUGAGAAAGAGCCAUUAGGUAAGGAUCCUUCCGGACAGCCUGUGUUUCUCCAUGACAUUUGGCCUCUAAGAGCCGAUAUUCAAAAAGUUGAAGUAGAGUAUGUCCGGCCUGCAAUGUUCACUGAAGUGUAUUCUAAAAUAACCGAGGGUAAUUCCCGUUGGAAUGCUCUGGAGGCUCCUCAGUCAAUCCUUUAUCCUUGGGACACCAGCAGCACCUACAUUAAGCAUCCUCCUUUCCUUGAAAAUAUGACAGUAGAUAUUCCUCCUGUUCCUACUAUUGAAGAAGCCUAUCCACUCCUUAAUCUAGGGGACAGUGUCACCACUGAUCACAUCAGUCCUGCUGGGAGCAUUGCCAGGAAUUCACCAGCUGCUAGAUACCUGAGCAGCAAAGGGUAAGCUAUAGUGUU